AUGUUCGGAUUUGCACUUGCUUUACAAGCUUUACUUGGAGCUAUUUAUCGAUGUUCAUUAGGUAUUCCGUCACAACGUGCAAAAACUAUAUUUGAUUUUGCUGAUGAUUUACUUCGUAUGGCAACAGCUUCAACAGCUGGUCAACAACAGUCUUUAAUACCACGUGUUAUACUUCAAUGUACUCAUACAGAAUGGCAUUUACUUGCUGCGUGUUAUACACUUGGACAACAAGUAAUAAAAAAAUUUGUUCCACGUUUAGUUCUUCUAUGGCGUAAUGUAUUUCCACGGUCACAAGCUGAUUUUGAACAAGAAAAACAACAUGGAGAUUCAUUUACAUGGAUAUUAUCAUUUAAUCAACGUUCAGGUGCAUUUUGUUCAAUCAUAUCAUUUUUAAAUAAUUGUUCAACAGGUGAUAAUCAUUUAAUAACUGAUGAUUUAAUUAAACAAUUUGGUCCAGAAUUAAAAGCACCAACAGCAAUGUUUCGUUGUCGUUUAUAUGAACUUCUUUUACUUAUACCAAUUAAAUUUUAUGAGCAAUAUUUUAAAGUUUUAUUAAGAGAAUUAGUUGCAGAAUUUAUAUUAACUGAUAAUUCAUCAAAUACAACAACAUCUUUACUUCGAUCAGUUUGUCAUGAUAAUGAUAGUGUUCUACUUGGUAAGAAUUAA